AUGGGCAUUAUGCUAGGAUGUGUAACUGUAAAGAACAACGUGCGAAGUGUGCUGAAUGUGGAAUGGAAGGUCAUGUGCGUAUAUGGGUUUGAGUUAACAGGGAUAAGUGAUACCUCAGUAAGAAGGAAACCAAGUAGUAAGGAGGUAGUUUAUAGGAUGGAUAAAUCUUUGCAAGAGUUUGACAUAAGUAUGGAUGAACUGAGUGGUUUGGUAACAGGAAUAGGGGAGAUAUUGGGACCAGAGCUAGAUGUCGAUGAAAUAGUGAAUGAGCUGGAAGAUGAUCACAGAAGCAGCUUGAAGUCCUUAAUCUAUGCCUCACUUCAUACUUCUUCCACAUUUAGAAAGAUUGUGCCGAAAUCUUUAAAAGGCAGGAGUAAAAGUUCUCAAGACUGGUUAACUCGACAACUCAAUGAUCCUUAUGUCAAACUGGCUCGUUAUGAAAACUAUAGAGCUCGAAGUGCAUUCAAGUUAAUAGAAAUUGAUGAUCGUCACAAAAUCCUUAAUCCUGGUCAGGUAGUAGUUGAGUGUGGGGCUGCUCCAGGUGCUUGGACUCAAGUGGCUGUCUCCAGAGUUAACAGUUUACAAAAUGUAAAAGGCAAACAACAAGGACUGGUUGUAGGGAUUGAUCUCUUGGGUAUUCAUCCGCUACCUGGAGCUAUAUUUUUAAGUGGUAAAAAUUUCACAAACCCUGAAACUCAACACGAGAUACUAAAAAUUCUCGAUGGUAGAAAGGUUAAUGUGGUGCUCUCUGACAUGGCUCCUAAUGCAAGUGGCACGCGAGCAAUGGAUCAUGAAAAUAUCAUAGAUCUAGCAUAUUCAGCAUUGAAUUUUGCAGUGCAGCAUUCUGCUUUAAAAGCAUCUUUCUUGUGUAAGGUUUGGGAUGGAAGUAGAGACAUGAAGCUUAAAAGUGACAUGGAGAGGUAUUAUGGCAGUGUCAAGGUUAUCAAGCCUAAUGCAAGUCGAAAAGAUUCUUCAGAAAAAUUUUUAUUGGGCAAAAAUUUCCAGGGAAUUGGUACAUAACUAGUUUUAAUAAUAUUUAAAUUAAAUAGUUCUUACAAUAAAAUAAUUUAUUUUUAA